AAAGCCAGAGGUCAGCCUAAAAAAGCCACAGUUUCCGUGCCAGGUCAAAAGGUCACAGCUUCAGUUCACGAUCGAGAUACACUGUGAUACAGUAAACAAGAUGAAGAUGUUGGCGUGUCUUCUGCUGGCGGUGGCUGCCUGCGCCCUCGCGGAUGAAGGGCUCAGUCAGACGUACAGCGCCCCUUCCCCUAAUCCUCAGCCGGGCCCUCCCCCUCCUCCAGGUCCCAGCUUCGGCCCUCCUCCACCCCUUCCAGGUGGCCCUAGCUUCACCUACGGACCUCCUCCUCCUCCUCUCCCCCAGCCGUCAGGAGGACCCCCUCUCUCCUACGGGCCUCCUCCUCCUGCCCCCACUGACUUCCAGUUUCCCACGUCGUACGGCAACUCCCUCUCGCUCUUCGACGGCGAGUGCGGCUACUGGAAGGCCCUCAGCACCUUCCUGGUGGUGGGCGUGGGGCUCACGGGCCUCGCCAUCCUCUUCAGGGUGUGGCCUCUCCCGCUCUCGCUCUUCCCCGCCGACGCCACCUCGCGCCUCCACGACCCGGACUUCAUCUCCUCGGUGAUCGAGCAGGCCACGGAUAUCUCGAGAAUCCUGAUGGCCAUUUCGGAUGCCACGACGAACACGGGCGAGUAAGGAAGAGGAAGGAUGGAGAAAAAGGAAAAGAUGGAGAAAUGAGCGAAGGGAAGAAGAAGGUUGGAGGAAAGGGAAAAGGUGGAAAGAUGGAAAAAAGGACAGGGGAUUGUGAUCUAGCAAGCAACGAAAAGAAAAUAGGAAUUGUGUAUGAGAGGAAAGAAUUGAAAGCAGGGGAUUGAAAAAGACCUCAAAGAAAGAGCUUUUGAUUUUGUGAUAACUAUUGUUUAUUCCUGUGUUAAUUUAUAAUUUCUUUUACUGUACAUUUCUUUUCAUCUUUAAUCUAAGGUUUAUUUAUUAUCACUCACACUUAC